GUCCCAAACACGCUGGAAAAUUCCACUUAGCGUGUGCGCUUUAAAUUUGUAGCCACACCGUGAAAAACAAACGCCGAGAUUGCGGCAGGUGAGUUCGUCUACACUCCUCUAGCGCCGGCUGAGACUGAUCUUCGGGAACAUGGAGCUGGAUCGGCGGCUGCUGCUGGCUCACUGCGCCGCGCACGCCCUGUCCGUUAUAGCGGGGCUGUUGGUGGUGGUGCCGCUCGCUCUGAACGGAUCCGCUUUCAAGGGAAGGUGCGCGCUGUUUAGUCAGGGCUUCUGGCGGACGGAGAACCUGACGCUGGGCGAGGGAGAGUCCAGGGAGGUCACUCAUUUGGUGCUGCAACAAUGGGGUCCUUUAGCGGCGUGCCAGUUCGCCACAUUUGUCGGUGUUUUCACCGUGCUGUACGGCGCCGUUCAGGGCUGGAGGAGCCUGUUCUACCUCCAUCGGCGGCACGACGACACACUCUUUUCUGCCUUCCUCACGCUGCUGCUGAGUCUGUGUGUGCUCUUCCUCUCCGGAGGGGCAAGUAUUACUCUCACCCUGGGCCUGGUGUCCUGGUGCAACACUGUUACAGACCAUAACUCCAGACCCUACAGUUGUGCUGAGUCACAGUCUGUUCCUCUGUAUCUGGACGUUGAGACAUCCUCUUUCUACUCUGAGCUCAACUGUGCACAGAUCUCUCUGUGGUGCGUAACGGCUCUGUGGUUGGCUCACUCUAUUUUGUCUUUCCUGAGGCUCUAUCAUUCCCACAGUCAGCAAAUCAGCCGGCCGUGUUUAUCCAGGGAGAAGGAACUCCUCCUGGGCCAAACUCAAGUGGAGUGUCCCAUUCAUCAUCCAAAACCACACUCGCACCCUUCACACGCUCCCAGUGUUUUUAUUUAAUGACACAGUGUUCAUAGAAGUUGCACUUGGUUGAUCGAAGGCCAGUUUUAUUGAUUGGAAAGACUGGUCCAAGAUUAGCGUAGAAGUGAAGUAACUUCUAAACUAAACAGACAAUCCCGAUGAUUCUCUUGCAUGUUACACCUCAUGAAUCGGAGUUAGCCUUGGUUUUGUUUUAUCUAUUUGUGACUUUUUAUGCAUUUGUUAACAAGUUUUUGUCAUGUAGCUUAGACAAUGACAUACAAUUAUGUGUGCACCCAUUUAUAACUUUGCCAUAACAAAUGUCAAAGGAUUCUUAAAUAUGUAUGAUAUAUUGCACUAUUAAUGCAUUGCUCUUGCAUAUGCAAGGUAACGUCUAACUUUAUAUGUUCAGCCAUAUAAUGUGAAUUUUAAGUGAAUGGGAAGGAAAGACUAGCCCGUUGCAUGUGCUGAAGUCUGACCCAUGCUUGUUUUGUACAGUGAAUGUAUACGUGUGCAGCGUGACUGUCUGCAGAGCCAGUGGUACUGUCACUCAAACCAGACGUUCUCUUUCUAACCCAGUGAAGGCUUCUUAUAUGAAGCUGUUUGCGUUGAUGCAACCUCCAGAUUCAGAAUCCAUAUUUGCUGGAUAUUGCAUCGUGUAAUUUAUGUGAUGGAAAUUUAAAGACAAGGAGACGCUGUAAAAAAAACCAUGAGAUGGAAAGUCAAGAAUGUUGCUUAUCCUUUCUGAAUCCUGAACCUUUGACCUGGAGGAUUGUUGUGAAACACAAACAGUUGAAUAAGAAACGAGGGAGAUGAGAGAGAAAUGUUCACUUAUGGUUUGGAAAUGUGAUGAUGCUUUUUUUUUUUUUUUUUUUUACUGCUGUGUGUAUCCAUUAUGUCCUAUUUAUAAGCUCUUUUCACUUGAGUAAAUGGAAAAAGAAAAUGGUCUUGAUCUUAAGUUACUCAACUUUGUGUGUGUGUGUGUGUGUGUGUGUGUAUAUAUAUAUAUAUAUAUAUAUAUAUAUAUAUAUAUACAUACAUACAUA